GUUUCGUUUAAUUUGUUGAUGCAUCAUGAACGGAAUUUAUCCGGGAAUGAACUCAAGCACGUGCGUUGCUAACAUUGAACAGACCUAAUAAUCGCAGAUGAACUCUUUUGUUAUCACGCGGGGAAUGUUUGCCGAAAUAGUGCUUCCUCCUCACGGCAGUAUUAAAUUUGUGAAGUACUUAUGAAAACCCAUUUGAAAGGAGCUCCAAUACAUUAUGAGUUUUGAUCAACUGCCACCGGAGAUAGUAGAUAGGAUAUUCGAUUUUCUGCCGCCCGAUCGUCAAAGGGCUUUUUCAACAGUGCUCCUACGAUGGCAUUUGAGGGUAGCUUGGAAGGCCGUUCUAUCUCUAUCGUAUCUGGCCGUUCGAUAUGGCGGGCAAACGGAGGAAUUGACCAACGCAACACGAAGAUACCGCAACUUUAAGAUAAGCUCGUUACGGUCCCAAAGUGAUUUCGAUCUGCUGAGAGAUCUUGUCCAAAUAAGCAGUGAAAGGUACACGGUACACAAGUUCUGUUUCGAGUUUGUGACUUGUGACUUUUUUGAGCAGAUGGUUCGAGAAUUUCAAGACUGGUUUAGUACAGCAGUAGUUUUGAAAAUCCAGCUCAACGAUAAUGAGAGGUUUCCAAGUGAAGUCCUGUCGAGUUUCAAGUUCGUGCAGGAGUUACAUCUAAACAAUCUCUCGGAUUCUGCGGCAGAUUGGAGUUGCGUAUGGGAUAGCAUGAAGGCACUCCGCUCACUUACGGCCUACAUGUGUUGGAAUUUCAGCGACGCUGCCCUUGAAUGCUUUAUUGCAUCAGUUUGCAAGAAAUGCAAAUUGUUGAAGGGUUUCACGAUUUUUGCCACCGAUUGUAUCAAUGUAAGCCCGAUCGCCAAAUCGUUGAUAAACUUAGAGAAACUAGCCCUGGUAGGAAUGAUGGUUGCUCUCGAGCCAUCUACUUUAGUAUUUCCAGCACUUCGAGAGCUUCAUCUUGAUCUGGAAAUAUUUCAAUCGGAUGAGAUUUACCUAUCACUGGAUGCUCCCAAGCUAGACUACCUCAGAAUACCCAAGAAGAAUAUCCCGCAUAUUCACUUUUCCAACAGCACAAAAUUUACUCGCCUUACCACCUACGGGGAUUGCAUGGAAACGCCUUACCCUUGGUUUCUGGAGACGGAGGAACUAAAAACAACAAUUCACGAACCGUCAAAUCAGGAAGCAAUCCUUACCGAGAUGAAUCUCUUUCCGAAAAUGGCACGGCUAGCGGUUAAAAUCAUGUCUAAGGAAUGCACAACCCACGUGCCGAGUGCGUGCACAUUCCAGAACAUUAGGUCCCUUUACAUUAAUAAUUUCAUCCUGUCUAUGAACUUUUUCGUACAAAUUGCCGAAAUGAAACUGCUCGAGCGCUUUAUCAUCGAGGAGUGUAACUUUCUGUUGGAUGUCCACAACACCGGUCUGUUAGAUCUCUCGCAGCUGCACCAUUAUCGCGUGAAACGCGUUUCGAUGCCCCGGACAGUAACGGUAUUUCCCGUGAUCGCCAGCGGGCAACCUCCGAUCGUGCUCGUCGAUCGAUUGCGCACACAUCUCUGGCGCGAUGACUUCUACAACGUGUUUAGUUCCCAGUGGGAUUGAAGAGUCGCCCUGGUUCAGCCUCCCUCGUAUAUAAUUGUUCAUGCUCCCAUUGCUGUGUGAAGGUUUGUUGUCGAAACAGUUGUCUUGUUAUGUCAGUAUGAAAUAUGAAUUUCGAAUACUUUUCA